AUGGAUCUUCACCCGUCACCUUUAAAUAAUCAUUACCAUGUAAGAGAGGAUGUAUACUUAAAACAGGGGUCCAAAAUGGACAUUGAUGAAAAUAGGUCACAGGUCCGAAGCUGCCGGCAACCCAAAAUAAUUUUUAGAAUGAAAAGAGAUCCAGAGCUAAAGAAGCAAAUUCGGGCGGAGAAUGCCAACAGCACUAAUUCUAAUUUACAGUUUAAAUGGGAGGAUGACAGUGAUGGCGAUCCUGGGUUUUCUCCGCCCCACAGAGGGGCAUGCAUCACACCAUCCAGAGAUCACAAGGCAAUGGGAGCCAGCAGUGGCGGUGCUAGCUGUAGCAGUAACGUGAGUGCGACAAGCAAAAACAUUUUUGAAACCAUGGGCCUGAAACACUCUGUGUCAGUUGAGCACAACUCUGAACCUAUAGUACCUCCCUCUAAAGUAAGCCCCCUUAAAAAAGUAAGAAAAGUGCGCCUAAAGAUGAUUGACACAUCUUUACACUUUGAUCUCAUUUCACCCUCAGCUAGCCCACCUAAGAGCUCUUAG